CAAUUCCUUUCUUCCUUUUUUAACUCUCUAAAAAUCUCUCUUUCUCUCCACACAAUGGAUCAGAAAAGCACCCUUGUGAUAGCCCUCAUCGCCGUCAUAUUCGCAGCCGUUGGAGGUCAAGCUCCGGCCAAUUCUCCAUUAUCGACAGUCAAAUCUCCCAUUCCUUCACCUCCAAAUACCACAAAAACAAAUACACCCACAAAAUCUCCUGCAAUUAGCCCCAUCCUCGCUCCUCCAAUCGCAGCCAUAAAACCAGCAAAUUCGUCUCCUGUUGCGGCCCCAGUGAGUUCCCCAACCGCCUCCCCGAUAUCGUCUCCAGUUAAAGCCCCGCCACACAAAAAGAAAACGAAAGGAAAGAAGCACAUUGCGCCGGCACCUGUACCUGUACCUGCACCGGCAAUUGUGGGAUCACCUGCUCCCAACGUUGCUCCGUCAACCAGCAUCGGUUCUCCUUCUCCUGGACCAUCUUCUGCCGUCGCUGCUGACGAGAAUGGAGCAGCAGAGAAAUUGAACAAAGUGCAGCUGGUUGUGGGCAAUGUAGCCUUGGGCUUAGCCAUCUUCAGCUGGUUCUAGAAAUAAUUUUAUGUACAUAAUUUUAUACUUUGGUGAGUAUAAUUUGUUCUUUUAAUCUGGUUUUACAUACUCAAAUAAUACAUAUGUAAUUAUUUUAUAUAGAUUUUAAAUUAUAUAAAAUCUUGGAUGGUUUAUAGAUA